GUUCAGUUUUGAGCGCAACAGUGAACGUGGCGCGCGCGUGUGAGAUUUUUUUUGUAGCGGCCGCAGCAGCAGGCAGCAGCAACGAAAGCGUUGCGCGUGUUCGGCUGCAGCAACUGCAACGCAACGACGCGUCGCGCGCGUUUUACGCACAGCUGCAACAGCAACAGCAACAACAACAAAAACUACGUGUAUACAAAAUAAAAUAAUAAUAUAAAAGAAUAAAACAGAGUGCAGCAGCCCUUCAGCAACAACAAGAACCCUACAGGAGAACCUGUUCUGCUGAUGCUUUGUCUUUGAGUGUAUGUGUGUGAAUGUAUGUAGCGCCGCUGUUUAUGCAAAUUCGCUGCAUAGUAACAACAACAAGAACAACAACACUCGCACAGCUGGCAGCUGAUUUUGCAGCACAGCAACAAUAACAACAACAGCCACACACAAUGAAAGUUCAGCGGAACCUACAACACUACUACAACAACAUCAACAGCAGCAAACACUAAAAGAGACCAACGCAAGGGACUUCAACGUUUUGUUUUUUUCGCUUUGAUACAUUGAUAUGCAUCGCUGGCGUUGUCUGAUUAGCAGAAACAACAACAACCACUACAACAACUAUAAACGAAAAACGAGGAGACAAUACGAGCCGUAAAUUCAACGCAAUUUGUUAUCAACGCGACAUUUUGCAACACUGUCCAAGCGGCUUUUUUUUCUUGAAUACUCGCUUCAGCUGAAGCUCGGUUCCACCGCAACUCUCCACACUCUCCACAGACUCAGCAAUUUGAAAUUGUGCCAAAAUGUAUAAGCUAUUGGGUAGCCUGAAGAGCUACCUCAAAUGGCAGGACAUCCAGACGGAUAAUGCAGUCUUCCGGCUCCACAACUCCUUCACAACUGUACUUUUGCUUACCUGCAGCCUGAUCAUCACGGCCACCCAGUAUGUUGGCCAGCCGAUCAGCUGCAUCGUCAAUGGCAUACCGCCGCAUGUGGUCAACACCUUUUGCUGGAUUCAUAGUACGUUCACCAUGCCGGAUGCGUUCAAUCGACAGGUCGGCCGUGAGGUGGCACAUCCUGGCGUUGCCAACGACUUCAAUGACAAGGAUGCCCGGAAAUACUAUACCUACUAUCAGUGGGUGUGCUUUGUGCUCUUCUUCCAGGCCAUGGCCUGCUAUACUCCAAAGUUUUUGUGGAACAAAUUCGAGGGCGGUCUGAUGCGCAUGAUUGUCAUGGGUCUGAACAUCACGAUCUGCACGAACGAGGAGAAGGAGGCCAAGCGCGAUGCCCUGCUCGACUAUCUCAUCAAGCAUGUGAAGCGUCAUAAACUGUAUGCCAUAAGGUAUUGGGCCUGCGAGGUGCUCUGCUUCAUCAAUAUUGUGCUUCAGAUGUAUUUGAUGAAUCGUUUCUUUGACGGCGAGUUCAUAUCGUAUGGCACGAAUAUAAUGGGAUUAUCGGAUGUGCCGCAGGAACAGCGUAUGGAUCCCAUGGUUUAUGUCUUUCCGCGCGUCACCAAAUGCAUUUUCCAUAAAUACGGUGCCGGUGGAUCGCUGCAGACGCACGAUUCCCUAUGCAUAUUGCCGCUGAACAUUGUCAAUGAGAAGACCUAUGUGUUCAUCUGGUUCUGGUAUUGGAUACUGCUCGUACUGCUCGUUGGACUGAUGAUAUUCCGUGCCUGCAUCAUCUUUAUGCCCAAGUUCCGGCCGCGUCUAUUGAAUGCGCGCAAUCGCAUGAUUCCCAUGGAGACCUGCCGCACGCUCUCGCGCCGCUUGGACAUUGGCGAUUGGUGGCUAAUAUAUAUGCUGGGUCGCAAUCUGGAUCCGGUUAUAUAUAAGGAGGUGAUGGGCGAAUUUGCCAAGCAGGUGGAGCCGGCGAAAAACGAUCGCAACAAGUAAACGAGCAGGAGAGCGAGCGAGAUAGAGAGACACCCUCAGGAUGAUUAUAUUCAUAAUUACUAUUAUUUAGCAAAAAUCAAGACAAUUAGCUGAAGAAAACAAAAGCAAGAUAAAGACAAUCUAUUCAAAAAUCAUUUCCACCCACUCGAUAAGAAGAAGAAGAAGAAACAGAAGCAAAAGAAAGAAACUCUUAA